GCGGCCCUGGGAACGCCGCUGGUGCCAUCUAUCGGCGACGGCAGCGGGCUGCCAUCUGGGAUGACGGUUGAGAGCGAUGACACAGAAGUAAUCAGCGGCUCCGGUGACCAAGUGGUAACGGUGGGCGAGCAGUUCCAGUGCCAAGCUCCCGGAUUCUACGAGUUCGAGGCCGACUGCAUCCACUUCUACCGCUGCGUCUUCCUCGACUCCGGCGAACUGACCACGCUGCUGUACCGCUGCCCGGAGCGCUACGUGUACAGUCCGGAGCGCGAGCGGUGCGCGCCGGCCGCGCAGGCUCAGUCCUGCGCCAAGGACGCCACGACGCUGCUCAGUCUGCGCGCGCCGCCCAGCCCCGAGGACGUGCGCGUCCUCUCGGAGGACGACCUGGACUGGUUCUUCGCCCAGGGGGAGAAGCAGGUGUACAGGUUCAGGCCGGGCGUGGCUGCCGGCAGGCCACACCUCCGCGCCACCGGCGGAUACCGGGAGAUGAACGGGUACCGCCGGGCGCGUGGCCUGUUCUAGAGCCGGCUUCCGACUGGCGGCGCUAGUGCUGCCAUCUCUGGGCCGCCUCGGCGAACAGCUGAGACCGGCCUGGUUGACAGCACCGGACGACCCAUACGCGGUCGUGUUAUUUGUUAGCGCGGCGCCGACGAGCGCGAGGGCAUUGUCUGCCCCGCGGGGCCACAAACGUUAGGGCAUAGUGGUCGAGGCAUUCGACUUUCUUAUCAAUGUACCCAGACUGGUGCCAACUGUUUUAGUGUAUGUGCGUGUGCGCGCGUGUCCCCGACUUGGCCACGCCCUGGCCAUCGCCAUGUUCUUUAUGGGCUGUUGCUCACGCAACAGCAGCCAAUCAACAUCGCUCCAGGGUGCCGCGGUGCGCACAGGCUACACGCGAGCGAUCAACGCCCCACUGGAAGACCCCGUUCGGAAAGGCAACACGCACAAGGGCGUUGGCCGUACCGGUGCGUGUAACGCUACCCCCUGGCUUACUAGCGGUGUGAGCGACGCGUGCGCACCGAGCGGACUGGAGAACGCCCGGUGAUUUGUUGAAUCCGAGGCGCCUUUGCACGUGACCUUCCACGCUCGCGGCCAACGAUUCUGUGAUAGAUCGUAGCAUUGCUCGUGUACCGCCGGUUUUUAAAUAGCUUCACCAUUACGACGUGAUGCACUGCAUGGGAAAGUUGUCAAUAGCAGCCAACGGACAAAUAAAGUUAUCACGCGGA